AUGGUGGGCCACUUUAUCAAAGAUUGUCCUCAGGCCAAGAAAGAAGAACCUAAGAAGAAUACUACUCAGAUCCCGGGACGAGUUUUUACCAUGACUCAGGCUGACACUGAUGCUAGUCCGUCAGUGGUGACAGGAGCUACUCACUCUUAUGUGUCGAGUAGAGUAAUUGAAAGUUUCCAUAAACCAUGUGAUAUUUAUGCUUCGGGGUUUGGUACCCUGCUACCUUCGGGAGACCUUAUAGUAUCCACUAGGUGGAUUCGGUCCUUGUCCUUCUGGAUUCACAGUUGUGAAUUAACCGCCAAUCUAAUAGAAUUGCAACUGUCUGAUUUUGAUAUAAUCUUGGGAAUGGAUUUUCUGUCUAAGUAUGGGGCAACGAUUAACUGCAAGCGGAAGAUGGUGGUGUUUGAGCCCAUUAGUGCUAACCCAGCUGUGUUUGUGGGUAAAGUUCAGGGGGUGCGCAUACCACGAAUAACACUUUUAAAAGCUAAGGACCUAAUGAGCAGAGGUUGUUUGGGAUUCAUAGUCAUUGUAGUGGAUACCAGCCAACCUGUGACAUCUGGACCUGAAAAUACAAGAUUGGUGUGCGAGUUCCUCGACAUUUUUCCAGAAGAUUUACCGGGAUUGCCACCUACCCGGGAGAUUGAAUUUGUUAUUGAGUGUGUUCCGGGAGCGGACCUAGUAUCAAAAGCACUGUAUCGAAUGGCUCCAUCGGAAUUGAAAGAAUUAAAGAUACAACUGCAAGAGUUAUUGAAUUUGGGAUUCAUUAGACCGAGCUACUUACCAUGGGGUGGUUCGAGGAAGAAGAAGGAAGAGGUCUCAUAG